CCUAACUUAUCCGUAUACUUAUCCCCCCGCCUCGGCGGCUUCCGCCGCGCGGUCGUUCGCGUGGAGCCGCUCGGGGCAGUAGAGGCGCAUCCACUGGCGCGCGACCGGGUCCGCGCCGCAGGGCGCGUAGCAGCCCUGCCAGCCGCGCACCCCCAAGUGCGCGACGGCGAGGCGGAAGUAGCACGUGAACGAGGGCGCGAGGUAGUGCCAGCCGCAGGCGAGGUCCUGGAACCAGACCUCGGGCGCGGCGCGCCGGUCCGCGCGGUAGACGAGGCAGACCUGCGCGCAAGCGCGUGAAGAGGCGGACGAAGCGAGGCGUCGAGCAAUCCGUACAACCACAGUGGUCCUCGCGACGGAAAGGAUACGCUCGUCACCGUGCCCGCCCUUUGGAAAGGAGGGGCACCUCGAGAAGGGGAAUCCAAAUCAAGCUCGUCAUUGGACGUUCGAAGGGUAACCACGGACACCGGCGGGCACGCGGCCGACGCGCGCCGACCGGUCGAGCUCGAACGCGCGCUCGACGCGGCCGAGGCCCUCGGCGUCGUCGCGCCGGAACGUCCGGGCGCGCGCGCCGGCGUCGUCGGCCUCGUCGUCGUCGAGCGUCACGGGAACGAUGUCGUCGAGCCUGUGCAGCCGCAGCGCGCCGACGUCCGCCGGGCCGCGCGUCUUCACGUCGACGGCCCAGUCGCAUUUCAGGCCGUUCGAGACGGUCAGGAAGGCCCGCAGGUCGUCGGGCAGCGCGUAGCCCGUGUUCCGCUCGAAGCCGUCGAGGUCCGCCGCCGUGCAGCCGGCGCGCGCAUCCACUUGAAUUUGGGUGACGCCGAGCUGCUCCUGCAGGUACGUCGGGAGCUUAAAGCAGAGCUCGUCGACGAGGGCCCGGCCUUUCAGUGGUGGUGGCAUUUUUUGUGUGUCGGCGUCUACUGCAAAGCAGCUCGGCGCGCUGCCAGCACAAACUCGAGUAGUGGGGGCCUGUCCGCCGUUUCUUGCGGCAGCGCUCGUCGUCGACGCUUCGUGGUGGUGGUAGUGGUGGGCAGUGCUUACCAAUGAUUUAUAGGGCCAGUAUGACGAGAGCAAAACCACUU